AUGCGUCUCGGCCUGCGUCGUUCAGCUCAGUCUCACGCCCCACGAGGAGAUGGUGUCCGGCAGGCUUAUAUCAAGCACGCCAAAUCCUUGUUGUGGUACGGUACUCGUACACGCGGUACCUUGGGAGGCAAAAGUCGGGCGGCGGGCAUGAUUGGCUGGACCAUGGCCACCACUACCCAGUCAAACAACCACAAAAUGACUUGCAUAGCCUUCCUUCAUCGGCAUCACGAUGCACGAAGGCACACCGGCUCGAAUCUGACCAAACACGAUGUCGUCGGGAAUGCGCGUGGCGUGAAAGGUGAGGGAAGUGGGUGUCUAUUGGGUAUCCUUGUGUUGACCUCACGCCACCGAUGGUUCUGUCACGCUCACGCUCACGCUUGUUGGGCAGCGUGCUUGACUUCUGGCAGACUUGGUCAUCUAGGCAGAGGGAGUUCGCUCGGUGUGAAGUGUGAAGCGCAAAUGGAACUUGGAAGGCCACGCAGCCUCCAACGCGGCUUCCUCUCCGAGGCCUUACUGGAGCAGUUGACAUUGCCUCGCGAGAGUGUGAGAAUGUCGUUGGCUCCGCUGCGAACAUGCUUCCAGCUGCCAGCGCAUCGGCUUUCACAGCACGCACCGCUUGACAGGCGGCGUGUCGCACAUCAUCCAUUUUCUUUCAAGAUUCAACGACGAUUCGACUUGACACUCAAUCUCGAGCACAGCCGAAAGCAUUUUGGUAAGAUGGCAUGUCUGCCCACUAUGCCAAGGAUUUGGAGUGCUGAUGCCGAUGCAACCAGGGAGGAGCGGCAUCAGACCUAUUCAAAAGACCAAAAUCGCCACAAGCCGAACUUGUUCGGGACUCAAUCUUCACCGGGCUUUCGACACUCGCUUGAUGGCUGCUGGCCAGCUUUGUGCUGCUUCUUGGAUAGUUCGAUACCAUGCGCUUGGGGCACCACGGCCGCCCGUUCUCUUCUUGCCUGCGUCUGUACCGCCCCAAGUAGUGCUGUUGGUAACAUUCGAGGAUAUUGUUGGGCCGCAUGCAGGGUCGCCAUGGAAGACUUCCCUCCAGAUUGGCCACUGACCAGCUCGCCAGUCGCAUUGGACGCGCACGCCUCGAAUGACAGCUUUAUCUCGCUGUAUCGACACGACAGCCCGCAGUUCACACUGCAUGACUUCCAUCGACUCCAGCGAUCCCCGGUCUUGUCGGCGCCGCCAGAGUUCGAUUUGAAGCGUUUGAGACGGCGGCGGAAGCCUUCGACGCCGCAUCUUGCUGCAGCGCCGUUGAGCUACACGGACCACUGGUCGCCAAGUGCAAUUCUGCCUAGCCAAGCUCACUCGCUCUCACAACACUCACCUGCUAUCCCUUCUUUUCCACCUUUGCCACUCACGCCACGACUUCGACCGAGCACAACAUCGCCAUCUCUCACGUCCACGGUGACCACGUUACAGUCGACACCAGCACAGACACCGAUCUGUCGCGCCGCCGCUCCGCAAGAGCGUGACUGGGCUGACGACCACCUGGAAGUGGGCGACCAUAUUCGCACCAAGCGUAAGUUUGAGCCUCUCAGGCGAGCAAAACGGCUUCCGCGGCAGCGGGUAGAUAGCGGUGGAAGCGGGCAGGACGAGGACGAGCUGUGGGAGGUGCAUGCGGCGGUGUUUGAUCCUCCAUUGGACGAGAAGCUAUUCAGAGGGUUGUCGCGCCUAACAGAGCAGAAUCACCAGCACCAGCACUUGCAGCGCCAGAAGCACAGCUCCCAGCACGAGCGCGCCGGCGAUCACCAGCAAGUCAACGAGGACCCGCCUUCGAAUUCAGAGGCACCAGCGCCAGAGUCUUGGCACGCGCCGCCGCCGCAGCAGCAGCAAGGCCAAAUCGCGACCUCAUCAUCACUCUCACUCUCGAAAUUCGACUUUCCCAACCCUCCUGGACGAGAUAAUUGGGAGGGCACAUUCGGUAAGUCCACCUCUCUACAGACUUUGCACCCUUCUGACCGAACUUUGCAGGGCACUUGGCACAGCCAUCGCAACCUUCAUCCCCAGCCACUAUUUUGUAUCGUGGAGCAUCUUUUGACGUCGUCAAUCCGCACGCGUCUCUUAUUCUUGGCGCUCAUCGACGGACUUCUCGACGACUACUUCGACCAGCCAGUAGAGAAAAUGCAGUACGACACUCUCACCGGCGAGCCCUCGCAAACCUCGCUGCGCGUCCCAAGCGAGAACUCCAGACGCGUGCUUUACGAUGAUCCAGGCAGACGUGAUCCCUUCUCCACCACCCAAUGCCGUCCUCAACGACUUGCGCUCGCCACGAGCUCAGAAGAUGAGUGCGACAGGUAUGACUCUUCGCAAUGCUUAUCUGCCCAUGGCACUGAUGUAACUCACAGCCUGGCACAUGGCAAUGACAGCCGGAAGCCACCCGAGUCUGGCAGUAACAAUCAACUCAAGGCAAUCGACGCAGUUCUCAGAGAAGAUCGCAACGCCGAGUUCGCGCCAACCUCUCCGCAAGAGGUCAAAGGUCUGGGCAUCACAGCUUCAGAUCAUGGUGCUGAUACUCAAGCGACAUUGGAACAAAGCACAGACCCGACGAUCGGAGAGAUCUUGAAGGGGUACGACUACACCAGAGUCCCAAUCUCCUCAGAAGGAGAAGUCGACAUCACAGACAGCCGAGCGAUUGAGCGGGCCCGCAAGGCUAGCCUUGAGCCGGCGUUUGACACCUCUCACGGUCUGGUCUCGCCGUUACAAACCCCAACUGCAGACCGCAAGGAUUCUACACGAGAUCUAGAUGCCAAGCCUGUGCUGACGACCCCACCUGUCGUGCCAGUUGCUCUGCCGACGCCACCAGCACCAGUCUACAAUGGCACAGGCUUCCAUUACUACUCCGGCUGCUCCGAGCUUCCCACCACUGAUCGGACUUAUGGUGAGACAAACCAGCUAUUGCUUAUCACGCCGGAGGCUGCUCCAGAGUAUCCACCAUAUUCACCGGGCACUCCAUGCAACCCAAAGACUUGCGACAAUCCAGCGCACAUUCACAUCCAUCCAGACACAGACCCAAGGACUCCAGUGCCACCUUGUGUGCUGCCAUGGUACCACGACGACAAGGAGAACAUCCCGCCAAAGAGCGAGGACAAUCUUGCAGAGCUUGCUGCAGCCGCUGAGCGCUUCAGAUUCUUUGAUGACGAUAACGAUGAUGAUGGCGGCGACGUGGCCAAAGUGCUGCAGCGUAGCUCGAGCAUCUACUCCGAGGACAUCGAAGAUGACUGGGAGACUCAGUACUCUGAUUCUCACUAUGACCUGCCACGCAACUAUGGUCGCAUCAGCCUGGACAGCUAUGCCAACACGAGCUUUUAUGACAGCCGAGUCCGACUGAGCACAGGCCCCUCUCAGAUGGAAGGCCACAUCCUGACGCCGAUCACCGACUUGUCGCCAGCUGUGUCUUCUCCGGACGACGUCGCCGCACAAGAAUUCGAGCGUCGACGUCAGAUCAAGAAAGCCAUCAAGGAGUUGGAGGCAAAGAUCAUCGAAGACGACCUGAAUGUCCUUUAUGGGAGCACGCCUCUUGACAAAGCCCAGCGGAAGGCUGAUGUUGAGGAGCUGGAACGCUUACGUCAGCUCUAUCCAUCGACAUCCGAUCGCUUCGCCCUGAAAGCUUCGGAGUCUCUCAUCUCUCUCAAGGCAAAGUCGACAAACAAGCUCCAGAAGGUCAAGCCUUUUCGUCCCAACUACAAUCCAAGAAACAGCUUCAAUCGCAUUGCCGCUCUCGGAAAGCUCUGGCCAGCAGCUGAUGCCGCCUCUGACCGUCGAGGUCUGCUCGAUUCCCCAACGACGCCAACUCCACGUCGCGGCGAUCUAGUAUGGGACGAUAGAGAGGCCACCUUCACUACUCUUCGCGCGGACUUCAGCAUCCCAAGUCAUUCUCCGGCUUCCUUCCGCGGCCCGGCAACCGAGCUUUGGUCACCUUUUGUGCGAGAUCCUACAGUCAAGGCCAUCUAUGGUGGAUCGCACAGCAACAGCGCCACCACGACCAAUGCCAAGGUGACUGAGGUCGAGUUGAAGCCACUAGGUGGCAAGACCAAGCGAUACAAACCGGCUGCUAUGAGCAACCAGUACGAGCCACGCCAAUUGCAUCUGCUCAAGUCAAACCGUCUGAAUGAUGCGCAGCUCACUGCUCGUCAGCCGGGCUGGAGAAUGAAGCCCCAGGUGACUGCGAACAGCCCUCUGGGCAAGCACAACGAGUGGUCCUUCGCCGCCAACGAGCCAAUGCUUGUCAAGCCCGAGAGCGACGUCGAAAAGGCGCUUCGUGCUGACCAGGAGGCCAUCUCGAAGCGCUACCUCUGGUCGUGCGCGGUCUUUCCUCCGUUGACGCUUGCCUUCGGUCUUGGUGCCUUCGACAAGCCCAUCCAGAAGAAGGUGGGAGGCGGCAUUCGUGGUGCUUCGGCUCGAGGCAAGCGCAAUGCGCUGUUGGUCUACUUCCCGCUUGGCUGCAUUUUUUGGGGUAUCCUGGUAAUUGCAAUGUACCUUAUGGUACUGAGCAGCAAAGGUACCCUGUAUGAGGAUGAGAAGAAGAAUAGCGCUCCUAGCUGCAACCUUUGCAUAAGAGUUGGAGCUAGGAGCAAGAGCAAGCACUGA